UCUGCGGGUGCCGCCGGCGGCCGCCUGCGGGGGCGCUGCAGCGAGGGGCGGCCGCGGCUCCCCGCCCGGCGCCGGGGCGGGCCGGCGGCUGCGCGCUGAGCGGCGGGGCAGGAGCGGAGAGCGUGGAGAGGGACCCGCGGCAGCCGGCAGAAUGCCAGUACUAAGCUGUAGAUUCUACCAGCAUAAAUUUCCAGAGGUGGAAGAUGUAGUGAUGGUCAAUGUCCGGUCCAUCGCUGAAAUGGGGGCUUACGUCAGCCUGCUAGAGUACAACAACAUUGAAGGCAUGAUCCUCCUCAGCGAGCUGUCCAGAAGACGUAUUCGUUCCAUAAACAAACUCAUCCGCAUUGGAAGGAACGAGUGUGUCGUGGUCAUAAGAGUUGACAAAGAGAAAGGUUAUAUUGACUUGUCAAAACGAAGAGUUUCUCCAGAGGAGGCAAUCAAAUGUGAAGACAAAUUCACAAAAUCAAAGACUGUUUACAGCAUUCUUCGCCAUGUUGCUGAGGUAUUGGAGUACACUAAGGAUGAGCAGCUUGAGAGUCUGUUCCAGAGAACUGCCUGGGUAUUUGAUGACAAGUACAAAAGACCUGGAUAUGGUGCUUAUGAUGCAUUCAAGCAUGCAGUCUCAGACCCAGCAAUCCUGGAUAGCCUGGAUCUGACAGAGGAAGAGAGGCGUGUAUUGAUUGACAAUAUUAACAGGCGUCUGACACCACAGGCAGUCAAAAUCCGAGCUGAUAUUGAAGUUGCCUGUUAUGGUUAUGAAGGCAUAGAUGCAGUAAAGGAGGCUUUGAGAGCAGGCUUGAAUUGUUCCACAGAGACCAUGCCCAUUAAAAUUAAUCUGAUAGCCCCUCCUCGAUAUGUGAUGACUACUACAACCCUGGAGAGAACUGAAGGACUCUCUGUUCUGAAUCAGGCCAUGGCUGUCAUUAAAGAAAAAAUUGAGGAGAAGAGAGGAGUCUUUAAUGUGCAGAUGGAGCCUAAGGUGGUUACUGAUACAGAUGAAACUGAGCUUGCAAGACAGUUGGAAAGACUGGAGAGGGAAAAUGCUGAAGUGGAUGGCGAUGACGAUGCUGAGGAAAUGGAAGCCAAAACUGAAGACUAAAUAUUCUGGGAUUAUUUAGAAGGCAGAGCGUGUGAAAGAUUAGAGACCCCAUUGCAAACUCUGGACUAAAUGUUUCCAGUAUUGAAAACUUCAAAUGCAAAUACUUGAAGUGUGUUACUGUUUUAAAAAGACCAAUACAUGGAAGCCUCUCCUAAGUAACAUUUGAUGCAGCAACUUACACAAAUAGAAUCCUUCAAAAGGAGGGUGCCUAGUCAUAUUCAAGACUCACAUCUCAUGAAUAGAAGGAGGCUUCAGCCCCAUGCUUACCAUUUUCUUACGUAACAAUUCCAAAUUGGCAAUUACAGCUCAGUGCAUCUGAUAGUGAUGUUUUCUGGGAGUACCAAAACCAAACAGGUUGAACAGUUCUAUACAGAAUGUAUCUGACCAAAUAUUCAAUAAAUUUCUGAGCUACAUAACUCCAA